AUGCAGGAGUCUCCAGGUGCCAUGGGUGUAGAUGGCAGCUACGCCAGCAAUGUUCCAGCCUUUCUCACCAAGCUGUGGACCCUGGUAGAGGACCCAGAUACCAACCACCUCAUCUGCUGGAGCGCUACUGGGACUAGUUUUCAUGUGUUUGACCAGGGACGCUUUGCCAAGGAAGUUCUGCCAAAGUACUUUAAACACAAUAAUAUGGCAAGCUUCGUUCGACAGCUCAACAUGUAUGGUUUCCGUAAAGUGGUGAACAUUGAGCAGAGCGGUCUGGUGAAGCCUGAGAGAGACGACACAGAGUUCCAGCAUCUGUACUUCCUCCAGGGGCACGAACACAUGCUGGAACACAUCAAGAGGAAGGUAUCAAUAGUAAAGAGUGAGGAGACCAAAGUUCGGCAGGAGGACCUCAGUAAACUGCUGUAUGAAGUUCAGCUUCUCAGAACACAACAGGACAACAUGGAGUGUCAGAUGCAGGACAUGAAACAGCAGAAUGAAGUGCUGUGGAGAGAGGUGGUCUCACUGAGACAGAACCACACACAGCAACAGAAGGUCAUGAACAAGCUGAUUCAGUUUCUGUUCAGCCAGAUGCAGUCCAACACACCCAGCACUGUGGGCCUAAAGAGAAAGCUGCCCCUGAUGUUGGAUGAUGGCUCUCCAAGCCCUCCUGCCUCCAAGUUCAGCCAUACUCACCCCAUGGAGCCCAUGCAUGAGCCCUUCUACAUUCAGUCGCCAUCCAGUGACACUGCUUCUUGCUCUACUAGUGGGCUGACAGGAGGACCAAUCAUAUCAGAUGUUACUGACAUGUCUCAGGCCAGCAUGGCCCUCCAAAUGCAGCCUGAUGAGACUAGGGAGAAGUGCAUGAUGCUUAUUAAAGAAGAGCCUGUGAGUCCAGGAGUGAGGGGAGGAGGGAAAGGAGGCAGUGUAGGGGGAGGAGAGGCCGUAGCGUUGACAUCCUCCUGUGAGGUGUGCUCCUCAGAACCUCCUGUCCUCCCUGUCGCAAUGGUCCAGUCUGUUCUGGAGGGGAGGGGGUCUGCGGCCUCUGUGGUGGAGAGGAGGAGUAAGAGACCCGCAUUGGACAGAGUGGAGGUUUCAGAUACAGUGGAGAACGUGGAUAUGAGCCUGGAAGAGCUGCAGCAGCUACUGCUCAGGAGCCAUCAGCAGAGUACCGUGGAAGCUGGGACCAGCGCUGUUAUGGAUCCCUUCAGUUUAAGCCUACCUCUGACUGAGUGGAACUUCACAGAGAUGGAGUCCAACCUCAAAUCAUACAUGUUCCAGAAUCAGGAAACAGAGGCUUUUCCAGCGGCUGGCUGCGACGAACAGUGAUUAAUCUGUGCUGUGGACUGUCCUUUCUGAAGUGGAAGGCCACAGAACCUGCUGUUACCCUCAUUAUUCUACUCUGAGUUUGAUCCCACAGCCGUGCCAAGCUCUUUCCUACAUUUGACUUUAGUUUAACAUCUACAUACCUACAAAAUGAAAAGGCCUGUAUAGAUAAUGUGAAUUUUUUUUUAAACGAACCAAUCAAAGCUUAUAUUUCCUGGUUAGCUGACUGCAAUUGGCCGUAUUAGGUAUUGGCUCUGUGGGCAUCACCACUGCCUGCAUUGCAAAAGACGCUGAUCUAAGUUUCUCAUAGUUACCCCCCCCCCCCCCCCAAAAAAAAAAACAAGUGUGUUAUGACAUGAUUAUAUCUAGACUCCAAUUUUAAGCCAGCUGGAUGCAGUCAGUGCAUUCUUGGCUCCAGCACUUUAGUCUUUGUGAGAGAGGGAGUUCCUGCUUGUGGAAGUGAUUUUUUUUUUCUUCCUAUAAUGAAUCCAUUACAGAUUUAUACAAAUGAAUAUUUUUUAUUAUUUUAUGCUUAUUAAAAAAAUACUGUAUUUGUAUUCAGGGGAAAACUUUGGCAAAAUAGUCACUGGGGGGCAAUGUAGAAUAUAUUACAAGUUAUGUGAAUUUUUUCAGUCUGUGUAAGGUUGAAGGAAAUUUAAGGGCUCCUUAUAUAUUUAAUGCAUUUCAAAUUAUGAUAAAUGUGUUGAGACAGAUGAGAUGUGCGUUAGCCUUCGUGAUAUGAAAAGUUCUUCUAGCAAAUAUAUGGAGUCAAGACACCCCAAAAUCCAGUAAGAAACUUUUGACUUUUUAAAAGCAUAUCAUGAUAGGAGGUUUUACACACUUAAAGACCCAUCUAAUGUAUCUUUGCACAGGCCUGACAUGUAGCCCGAGACUUAGAGUUACAUCUCUUCUGUCCAUUUAAAUGUGAAGUUUCAAGUAAAUAUUAAAAAGACUUCUCAUUUGACAAAAGCAUGAACACCACUGCAUUUUUGCACAAUCCGUAUCACUAGUUAUAUAUAGUUAUGACAACAGGUCAAUUAUUUUCUGUUUUUAAAUGACCAACACUCUGUUGCUCUACACAUGCGUGUCUUAAAGAGAUACCGGCUUCAGUGGCAGGGCUUCCCAAAACUCAAAAGCGAAAUUUAGUCUUUCAUCAUGAGGUCUCUGAAUGUUACUACUGUUGUCAUCUGGAAACAAAGACCACACUUUGAGUCAAGACUUUCAUGAGUGAGCAUAGAACAUCAAAACUCUGAUAAACAGUCAAGACAAUGGGAUGCUGGUUUUCAUACUUUGUAGAAACAAUUAAAAAAAACAAAACAAAAAAAAACCUCAACUGUCCAGGAGCCAGUCUUUAAAAAGAUUUCAUUAUGGUUGACUAUGUUUCAUUAAAUGUAUGGUGGGGUGGUUACUUGAGAAUUUAAUCUGUUAUAAAACCAUGAAUACCUGCUUGAAGAAAUGCAUAUUAAAUACUAAAAAUCCUUACUAAUUAUAACUGAUUAUGAUCCUCAAUGUAAAGUAAUAGUUGCAGGCAACAGUUUAAAGAUUAACUUAGUGCUAAAUAUACUACUGGGAAACUUCCUGGAGAUGUGCUGAAUUGUGCAAUACUGUACAGAACUGUGAUAACUCACAAAAUUGCAAUACAUGGAUGACCAUAGGAAUGUAGGAAACAACAACUGUGAGUGGUGGACUGGAACACAGUAUAGUAAGAUGCACUGCAGAAGGACAAUAUUAGCCUGUGAAUCUAACAGCCCUGUUAGGUCUUCAGACUGAGUCGAACAAAAGCCUGAAGUUGUAGUUUAAUUUCUGGAGUGGCACAUGUGAGCUACAACAUAACCCUGGGCGAGUCUACGACCAGGCUACUGCGGCUAUGUGCGUAGAUUUGUAGCUGCACCAUCAUCCCUUGAUACAAAACUAUAAAUCAAGAAUGCAUGUUUGCAUGGAAUAGCUGUACAUUUUGUCCCCUAUGUGAAUCCAAAAGCUCAGCUUCCUCUUUACACUGAGUUAGCCCAAAAGAAUCUCAAACAACUGACUGACCAGCUGACCGGCAGCUCCAUCAUCUGGGCUACAUGCAGCUGCUAGCAGGGCUAAAAAUCAGGUAGCGAUUUGCAUUAGCUUUUGGAAAAGGGGCUAAGCAUUGCAUUUUCUCAAUGAUGUACUUCUGAAUCUGUUGUGUUCUACUACCACUUAUUAUAACUCUCACAAUAAUAAUAUUUGCUGAAUUAAUAAUGCUUUAACUUUGUAUCUAGAUUUGACACAGUGUGAUUCUGCGAAAGUAAAAGAAAUCCCUUAGACAUGAUUACAGUUGCAUUAGGAGAGAAAAAUAUUACAAUAAACUACGAAAGAGAAGCUUGAAGAAUAAAUGUGUUCAUAUUGUGUAGAUUUACCUAAACGUUAUAUUGAAUUUGUCAGUUAAAAAGCUAAUGCAAACUGCCCCCUGCAGAUUAAAACUUUUAUGGCAGACCCUCCUUCUGUGUGCAUGCUUUGGGGAGAAGGGAGAAGAAGCAAUCUGUGGUGUAUAACAAGUGAAAUUGCACUAAAAAUCACAGUUGUAUGAUAUUUGAAAGUAUAAAGUACAUUUUAGACAUAGCAUUUAUUCUUGUUCCUCAUGAUAAUAUGAGUGUUAAUGAUUUUUUCAAGGAGUGAUAAAUACACACAUUCAGUUGCUGUUGUGUUCUUAAUUUAUUCUGUUUUCCAUUUUAAUCAUUUGCACUGGAAAUAAACGGAUGUGUGUUCAAAUGACAUUUAUGCUUGUCAGAUUGCAAAUAGAUAAGGAAGUAUUUUUGUUCAUUGAGUGAAAAGAUCUCUGCUGUAACAAAGCAUGGCAUCCCAAAAGCACCUCUGCACUAUGAAAGGACAACACUAGCCUACAUCAGUAUGUAACAUACAGUAUAUUAACAAAAAUAGACAGUGAAACCCUUUCCUGCUACAACAAAGUACAGCUGCUGUCAGUGAAGACACAAAGAUGAUCUUAGUGCUUAGAUGCUUUUGAAAGUGGGCCACAACCUGCUGAAAAUGUGAAUUGUUUUAAAUGGUUUUUUGCAAAGACUAAAGUGUACUGUUACACAGAGUCAAAGAAACUGAACAUGUAUUCCACCUGUGUAUGAAAUAUUUAAGUUGUUAAAACAAAUAAAAGUGAAA